AUGGCCGCCCCCUCUCCCUCCGCGAAGCCGGUCGUGCCCCUGCCGCAGAAUGACAACGUCGCGCACGCCCUCGCCGGCGCCGGCGGCGGCAUCCUCUCCAUGGUGCUAACCUACCCCCUGAUCACGCUCUCGACGCGGGCGCAGGUCGAGUCGCGGCGGGGCGAGACGGCGUUCCUGGCGGCGGUGCGGGCGCUGGUGGCGCGCGAGGGCGUCGCGGGGCUGUACGCGGGGCUGGGCAGCGCCGUGCUCGGCAUCAGCGUGACCAACUUCGUGUACUACUACUGGUACGAGUGGACGCGGGGCGUGUUCGAGGCGGCCGCGCGGCGGGCCGGCCGCGCGUCGCGCAAGCUGACCGCCGUCGAGGCCAUGGUCGCCGGCGCGCUCGCCGGCUCCGCCACCGUCGUGCUGACCAACCCCAUCUGGGUCGUCAACACGCGCAUGACGACGCGCCGCGCCGCGGACCACGACGCCGAUCCCGCGCCCGCGGCCGACGGCGCCGAGGAAUCCGACGCGGCGGCGAGCGCACCUGAGGCCGAGGCCGAGGUCGGAGAGAAGAGCGAGGCGAAGCGCCCGCCGCGCCCGACGACGACGCUCGGGACGCUGCUGGCGCUGCUGCGCGAGGAGGGCCCGCAGGCGCUGUUCCGCGGGGUGGUGCCGGCGCUGGUGCUGGUGGCGAACCCGAUCCUGCAGUACACGCUGUUCGAGCAGCUGCGCAACGCGUACGAGCGGCGGCGGCGGCGGUCGGCCACGCCGGCCGUCGCCUUCGUGCUCGGCGCGCUCGGCAAGCUCUUCGCCACCACCAUCACCUACCCCUACAUCGUCGUCAAGAGCCGCAUGCACGUCGCCGACGCCGCCGCUGCCACCGCCGACGGCCGCCGCCCCGACGGCAUGAUGGCUGCCCUCGGCCGCGUCAUCAGGGAGGAAGGCUACGCGGGGUUGUAUAAGGGCAUCGGGCCCAAGGUCACGCAGAGCGUGCUGACGGCCGCCUUCCUGUUCGCCUUCAAGGACGUGCUGUACGAGCAGACGAUCCGGCUGCGGGGCGCCGUCGCCCGGCGGGCCAUCAAGGCGGCGUAA